AUGACUCGCGCGAUCGAAACCAUCUCUGCCUUGCUGCUGUUCAGCUCCCUCUACCUCGCGGCGUUUCUUGGCCUGAUCCCGUUUCCGGCAAAGGUCCAGGAAGAGAUUAUCCCAGUUCUUCCGUUCUGGGCGCUCGUUUCGUUCGGCGCAUAUCUUCUUUUCUCCCUGGGAUGGGGAAUCUUUACUUUUAACGACACAGAGGCCGCGUACCAUGAGCUUGUUACGGAAAUCCAGCAGGCCAAGAAGGAGCUCAGAGUGAAGGGCGUUGAUGUAGACUAA